AUAUCACUUCACUCCCAUUCCCACUCAAUUCUUCAUGACAAUUUUCUCUCUCCUCUCUCUAAAAUCAACAGCAACUUCAUUUAACUUACGCUUAAUCUCUUACCUCUCUAUCUCUCUCUCUCUCCUCGUAUUUAACCCUUUCUCUCUCUUCUUCAACAUUUCACACACUCAGAUCUGCUAAUCCGAUCUCUUUAAAACCCUAACAAUGGAGGAAGCACUCGAAUUAGCGCGAGCAAAGGACACCAAAGAGAGAAUGGCGGGUGUUGAGCGUCUCCAUCAACUCCUUGAAGCUUCAAGGAAGCCAUUAACAUCUUCUGAAGUUACUUCUCUUGUUGAUACUUGUAUAGAUCUCCUCAAAGAUAACAAUUUCAGAGUUUCUCAAGGCGCUCUUCAAGCUCUUGCUUCUGCUGCUGUUCUCUCUGGUGACCAUCUCAAAAUUCACUUUAAUGCUCUUGUUCCUGCUGCUGUUGAGCGUCUUGGUGACGCUAAACAGCCUGUUCGAGAUGCCGCUCGACGCCUUCUUCUCACUCUUAUGGAGGUGUCGUCUCCUACAAUUAUUGUUGAAAGAGCAGGUUCUUAUGCUUGGGAGCACAAAAGCUGGAGAGUUCGGGAAGAAUUUGCACGCACAGUAACAUCAGCAAUUAAUCUGUUUGCGUCUACAGAGCUUCCCCUCCAAAGGGCCAUCCUUCCUCCUAUAUUGCAUAUGUUGAAUGACCCCAAUCAUAGUGUUAGAGAAGCGGCAAUAUCCUGCAUAGAGGAGAUGUAUAUGCAAAUUGGUCCCCAGUUCCAAGAGGAAUUACAAAGACACCAGCUUCCAUCAUAUAUGGUAAAGGAUAUAAAUGCGAGAUUGGAGAGGAUUGAACCCAAGCCACAGUCUUCUGACGGUGCUGUUAGUAUUAGUAAUGUUGUUGAGCAUAAGGUUAUAAAUCAUAAUCCUAAGCGAAGCAGUCCGAAAGCCAAGACUUCUUCACGUGAAACAUCACUUUUUGGAGGAGAUGGCGAUGUAACAGAAAAGCCAGUAGAACCUGUGAAGGUUUACUCAGAGAAGGAGUUAAUUAGGGAAUUUGAAAAAAUUGCAUCCACACUUGUACCUGAAAAAGAUUGGUCUCAUCGUAUUGCCGCGAUGCAGAGAGUUGAGGGCCUUGUUAUUGGAGGUGCAGCUGAUUACCCAUGUUUCCGUGGAUUGCUGAAGCAGCUUGUUGGUCCUUUGAGCACACAGUUAUCUGAUCGUAGAUCAAGCAUAGUGAAGCAAGCUUGUCAUUUGUUGAACUUUUUGUCAAAGGAGUUGCUGGGGGAUUUUGAGUUUUGUGCUGAGCAGUUUAUUCCUGUUCUCUUUAAGCUUGUUGUAAUAACCGUACUUGUAAUUGCAGAAUCUGCAGAUAAUUGCAUCAAGACGAUGUUGCGUAACUGUAAAGUUGCCCGUGUACUCCCUCGAAUAGCAGAUUGUGCUAAAAAUGACCGAAAUGCUGUGCUGCGUGCCAGGUGUUGUGAGUAUGCCUUAUUAGUGCUAGAACAUUGGCCUGAUGAGCCUGAAAUUCAGCGAUCAGCAGACCUGUAUGAAGAUAUGAUUAGACGCUGUGUCAGUGAUGCAGUGAGUGAGGUACGAACAACUGCAAGGGCUUGCUAUAGAUUGUUUGCAAAAACCUGGCCAGAUCGCUCUAGAAGGCUAUUUCAAUCAUUUGAUCCUGUUAUACAGAGGAUAAUUAAUGAAGAAGAUGGGGGUUUUCACAGAAGGCACGCUUCUCCUUCUGUUCGUGAAAGAAAUGUACCAAGCACACAUUCAUCUGCUUCUUUAAAUUUGCCCGGAUAUGGGACCUCUGCUAUUGUUGCAAUGGACAAAACUGCAACUCUAGCCUCACGAGCUUCAGUUUCUUCUGGGAUGCUUCUGUCUCAAUCAAAAUCUCUUGAUAAAGGAUCUGACCGUAGCUUAGAAAGUGUACUGAGUUCCAGCAAGGAGAAGGUUUCAGCAAUUGAAAGCCUGCUUAGAGGUCUAGAUUUGACUUCAAAACACAAUUCUACUGUUAGAUCAUCUAGCCUUGAUCUAGGAGUUGACCCUCCAUCGUCUCGUGAUCCUCCAUUUCCUCUUGCUGCUCCUGCUUCUAAUCAAGUCACAAGUUUAUCAUUGGACUCAACAUUAUCAUCUGUCAGCGGAAGUAACAGUCGCAAUGGCGGCCGUGUUCUUUCUGAUAUAUACUCUCAUAUGCAUGGUUCAAAAGAUGCUGGUAAACUAUCCUAUCGUAGUGGUCUCAUGAAUGAGCCAUCAUCAACAUUGAUGUCACAUUCAACUAAGAGAGCUUCUGAAAGAGUACAGGAAAGAGGCGUAAUUGAAGAGCAAACUGAUCUAAGGGAUUCAAGAAGAUAUAUGUACCCACACAUGGAUAGACAGUUUGCCGACACACCCUAUAGAGAAUCAAAUUUUAGAGACUCUAAUUAUGUUCCAAAUUUUCAGAGACCACUUUCAAGAAAGAAUGUUACAGGUAGAAGUACAUCUUCAAGCAGGAGGAGAAGUUUUGAUGACAGUCAUCUUCCUUUGGGGGAGAUGCCGAGUUAUGUGGAUGGUCCAACAUCUCUUCAUGAAGCUCUUGGUGAGGGACUGAGUCCAAGUUCUGACUGGUCUGCUAGGGUUGCUGCUUUCAACUAUAUACGGUCUCUGCUGCAGCAAGGACCUAGUGGUGUUCAGGAUGUUGUCCAGAGUUUUGAAAAGGUGAUGAAACUCUUUUUUAAGCAUCUGGAUGAUCCCCACCAUAAGGUUGCACAGGCAGCUCUUUUAACUCUUGCGGAGAUAAUACCAUCUUGCAGAAAGCCUUUCGAGAGUUAUAUGGAAAGGAUUUUGCCACAUGUUUUCUCUCGGUUAAUUGAUCCAAAAGAAGUUGUCCGCCAGCCUUGCUCGACCACAUUAGAUAUUGUGGGUAAAACUUACGGGGUUGAUUCUUUACUGCCUGCCUUGCUUCGUUCAUUGGAUGAACAACGAUCACCCAAAGCAAAAUUGGCUGUCAUUGAAUUUGCAAUUGGUUCUUUUAACAAGCAUUCAAUUACUGCAGAAGGUGCUAGUAACAUUGGCAUAUUAAAGUUGUGGCUUGCAAAGCUGACGCCUUUAGUUCAUGACAAAAACACUAAACUUAAGGAAGCUGCUAUUUCUUGUUUUAUAUCAGUUUAUACCCACUAUGAUCCCACAAACGUUCUAAAUUUUAUACUUAGCCUGUCUGUUGAAGAACAAAAUUCUUUGAGGCGAGCACUCAAACAAUAUACACCUCGCAUAGAAGUAGAUCUAAUGAACUACUUGCAGAGCAAGAAAGACCGACAGCGUUCUAAGGCUGCUUAUGAUCCAUCAGAUGUUGUGGGGACAUCUUCCGAAGAGGGUUAUAUGGGAGUAUCGAAGAAAAGUAACAAUUUUGGAAGGUAUUCUGCUAAUUCCCUUGACACUGAUGUAGGGAGGAAAUGGAAUUCAAUGCUGGAUUCAACACAUUUAAGGGGCCGCACUAGUCAAGCUUCUACUGAUGAAAUGCAAACAAAUCUGUAUGAGGGUCUUGACACUGGCUUUAGUAAUGAUAUUUUAAGUUCUAGAAUCAAAGACAAGUAUUUAGGGAAUAACGCUGGUGAAAGUGUUGGACCCUGGACAAAUCGAUUGGAAAAUGUGGAAACUAAUGAGGAUUCAAGCUAUUUGUCUACUCCUCGAAUGGAUAUUAACGGACUUAAAAAGAGUUCUGACAGCAUUGGGGUAAGUUCUAGCUUGCAGCCUGAGAAUGGUUUCCUGGACGAGUUGGCUACAGACCUUUCUAAAAAUGAGGAGUUGAAGAUUGUCUCCAGUACAGAAACUAGUCCAAGCAUUCCGCAAAUUCUCCAUGCACUCUGCAAUGGGAAUGAAGGAAGCCCUGAUAGUAAGCAAAGUGCAGUUCAUCAGUUGAUUGAAGCAUCAGUUUUAAAUGAUUCUUCCAUGUGGAGCAAGUACUUUAAUCAGAUUUUAACUGCUGUCCUUGAGGUGUUAGAUGACUCAGAUUCAUCUAUUAGAGAACAUGUUCUUUUGCUAGUUGCUGAAAUGCUGAGAAAUCAGAAAGAAGCCAUUGAAGAUUCUGUUGAAAUUGUAAUUGAAAAGCUGCUUCAUGUUUCAAAGGAUACUAUUCCCAAGGUUGCAAAUGAAGCUGAGAACUGCUUAACUAUUUUGUUGGCGCAAUAUGAUCCAUUUAGAUGCUUGAGUGUAAUUGUUCCCCUGUUAGUUACAGAGGAUGAGAAGACUCUUGUUGCUUGCAUAAACUGUUUGACAAAGCUUGUUGGGAGGUUGUCUCAAGAGGAAUUAAUGGCACAGUUGCCGUCUUUCUUGCCAGCUCUUUUUGAUGCAUUUGGGAAUCAAAGUGCUGAUGUCCGCAAGACGGUUGUAUUCUGUCUUGUGGACAUUUACAUUAUGCUCGGAAAAGCAUUCCUACCUUAUCUAGAGGGGCUUAAUAGUACACAAUUGCGUUUGGUGACGAUUUAUGCUAACAGGAUAUCACAGGCUAGAACGGGAGCCCCAAUAGACGCCACCCAAUGAUGUCAUCAUUAAAGGAGUUUUGGUAGUUCAAAUUCAUUGUUGUGCAUUUUUGUAUAUGGUGUGAAGAUGCAGUGGUUCAGUGUUUGUUGUGUGGGCGAUCUAUUUGGAAAAAUUUUAGUCUUAGAAAUGUAAUUUUUAUGUUCUCCUCUUGUUCGAUGCGGCUGCAACGAGGAUGGGGUGAUAUGGUGUGGAAAGAAAUUGUAUGAAACUGUUUUUUUUUUCAUUUGUUAAUAUUAAAUUAUUCUUUCUGAAUCAUACUCUGGUUUGAAACUGUUUUGGCUUUGAAUUGAUUGAGGGUUUUGAAAUGUAUAUAACCUUUGAUUACAUGAUAACACUAGUGAUUUUUAUCAUUCACUUUUAUGGUUGCACUCUGUUGAAGUACUUUUGUAGUUUUGUAUGAUAUAUCUUAAUCAUAUAUGUUCAAUCCUUUGUUCA